CUGAAUUUUAUGAAACAAGCCCAACUUUUCCUCACAGAUAAUAACGUAGAAAAAAAGAUUUUCUUUCGAAUUAUUAUGAUGAGAUCAUCAAAUUUAAAUAGUCUCAUUGCUGAAGAAGAAGAAAAUGUCCAAAAACUUGUCUUAAAAAACUACAUUCCGACAUUAAUCAUUAUCAGUUGUUUUCUUGUAUGUAUAAGUAUUUUUGGAUUAAUUGGUAAUUGGUUAGUAGUGCAUACAAUUGGUCGUCAUAUAUUUAGAAGAUUCUUCGAAUUAUUGGAAAGCUGUCUACGUAUUCUUGGCAGCUGUUCAAGAUGUAAAAGCGAACAAGAAAACCAUAUACAAAACCAUAAGCCUUCCCAGUGCCGACAGGAAAGUUGUCAACAACAAUCGAAUCAUCAUCUUGAUAUAUGUUUGUCAAGAGCUUCUAGUCUUGUGCCAAUUAGCCAAUCUUCUAAUUCUGUCAGUAAUAAUGAACUAAGAAAUCAAUGUGGUAGUUUAACAAGUGUCAACAAUGCUUCAGCAUUAAAUAUUCAUCAAUCGCCAAAAUCAGCAAAUGAUUGUACUAAAAACAGGGAAACUACGAAAAAAUUUGCUUUUACAAAACGUAAUGUCAUGCAUACAGAUCUCAACUCUGAUCUCCUCAUUGUCCUUCUUGCAAUAAAUGAUUUGAUUAUCUGUGUUAUUGAUAUACCGACAACAAUCUUUCUGAUUGUAUGGGAAACUAGAACAUAUGAUUUUAUUUGUAGACUACAUGUUAUUUUAAAAUCAUUCACUUUAACUGUUUCUGCAUUAUUUUUGGUUAUAAUUGCUUUGGACCGUUGGUUGCUAGUUUGUUUUAUACCAUGUGUUAUAAUGACAAAAAAGUGUAUGAAGAGACUAAUCGUUGGAACAUAUAUCUUAGGAUUAUUAUGGGCAAUACCAAUGGGAUUACAUCAAGGUGUACACACUUAUUUUAAAAUUAGUACAGUUGAUAAACUUGUAACUAGUGAUUCAGAAGCUAUUAUCAUGUCUCAUGAAUUAAACAGUUCACCUAAAACUAACCAAUCAGAAUUGAAUGAUAAUGUUUCUGACAGUUCAUUAAUAUCGUCAAAAAAAUCAUUAUUGACUUAUUUUACAUCACAAUUUAUCGAUUUAAUAACAUCAUUUACAAAUUAUGGUUAUUGUAAAUCUGAUGAACGUUUCAUAUCACAAAGUGAUUAUGAAAUUUACCAGCUGUCAAUAUUCAUUUUAUUUAGUCUUAUUUUCACCUGCAUCUGUAUCUUUUACGGUUACUUAUUUUCAUUCAUCAUAAUACAUCAAUAUCGAUGGAGAACUAAAUUUGGACCUAAAAUAAAAGUAGUUCGGCCAAUCAAUACACCUUUAACUGCCCCAAAACAUAAUGUUGUCAUAAAUAAACCAAUCAAACAAUCUUGUUUUAAUUGUUUUCAUCUUUAUAAUAGACCAAGAUUUUUAAGUGUACCAAUUAAUCAAACUAAUUUAAACAAUAAACAAAAUCAAAAGAAAUUCAGUCUUAGUUAUAGUGAUUCAAUAAUACAAAUAGAUUCACAAUCUAUCAAUUUGGAUCAUAUAAAACUUAUACAAAAUCAAAAUGAAACUCAACAUCAAUAUAAACAAACUAACUCAAUUGAAAAAACUCAUCGUUUUAAAUGUAAAUUUUUAAAAAAAAGAAAUUUAAAUAAAAAAUUUAAUUCUUUUAAAUUAUCCAAUAAUCGUCAUAUAAAAAGUGUAAUUACAUUUAUUUUAAUUACAAUUACAUUUAUUAUAUCAUAUUUACCAAGUUUAUUAAUUGCUAAUAGAUUUAUAUGGCCUAUUAAUUGGGAAUUAUUAAUGGAAACUAAAAAUGAAUUUCAUUUUUCAUAUAAUGAUAGUAUAAUAAAUGAAACAAAUUUAAAUAUAAUCAACAAAAAUUUAUUAAAUCAUUCAAUUACUACUGAAAUGAAUUUAAGUAGUGGUAAUAAUAAUAAUUUUCAUAAUAAUAAUUUAUUUAUAUAUAAACCAAAUGAAAUAACAAAAAUUAAUAUUAAAUAUCAUUUAAGAAGAUUUUUUCAUUUUUUAUAUUUUAUUAAUUCUUCUGUAAAUCCUUUAAUUUAUUUCUUUUUUAAUUUAAAAUUUCGUUUGAAAUUUAAACAAUUAAUAAAUUGUUAUAAUAAAUGUUUUACACUUCAAAAUUGAUUUAAAUUUGUUCUCUAUGAUUCAUAUUGUAAUGGACAAGAAUAUGGGGGAGGGAAACAAUGUAUUGUUUAUUUCUAUAGUUACAAAAUAUCUCUCGUAAAAUAUGAGAACCAUACAUUAAAUAAUUUCAUCUGUAAAUCUUUUUUCAAUUGUCCAUGAAAUUCCGUAUAAUUUUUUUUAAAAAUUCACAAUGGUUUUUCACUUUUACUUCUGUUUCCUUGAAUUCAAUCUUUUUAGUCUUCUGUUGACAAGCAUUUUACUACUGAUUAGUGUUACAUACUACUUUAGUAGAAAGAUAUAAUUAGCAUACACCAUAAUACUAGCUGAUACAUUCAUUAUUGGUAAAUAUUACAACUACGUGUAAUGUGAAUAAAACUUUAAUAGUCAAUUAAAUGAAAACAAUUAAGGUAACAUUAUUGUAUUAGUUGUCUCUUAAGUAUUGAUUUAAAUUAUUUAACCUACUGACUAUUUGAUAUUUUUGAAAAGACAAAUCAAUAAAUAGAUAGAUGUAUAUCGUUAUUGACUUUUCUUCAUUUAAAGUGCAUUAUCUAAAAAUAUUCUCAUACCAAUAUAGUUUCUAUGCAUGAUAUCAAUAUAGCAACUGUUCAUUGAGUUAAAUUUAUGGGAUAAAAAAAACAUGUCUAUUUGAAAUGUAUUUUUUUAUGAAAAUGUUAUUUGACAUAAGUAACGAUAAUGGUUAUUUUGUGUAUCAACAUAAAUUCUAUGAUUUCAUUUAUUUCAGCCUUGU